CCAUAGAUUGCUCGAUUUGUGAAUCGUCGAUGUCGUCGUUAAACUUCUGAGUCCUUUUAGUUUUUACUGUAUAGUAGUAAUUGCGCGUGACGGGAGAUCAACAACAAUAAAAAAUCUUUUACGUUCAAUCAGUAUACAAUCAGCUUACUUCAAAAAUAUAGAUAAUUUGCAAGCAAUAAAUUAAAUAAAAGUGUUAUUUAGUAGUUCUUUAUAAUGAAAGUUUUGACGGAUAAUAUUCAAGUUAUAAUUGUAUUGAACAGUGCUCAAGCUAAAUAAAAUAAAUCCAUAUUAGUUGCAAAUUAAUUGUGAAAUUACACCGUAUCAUUUAUAAUUACGUUAGUAACGAUUUAAAUAACUCAUUAAAAUCUGUUGUUGAAGUGUGAAGACGCCAUGUUGUUAUUUACUCACUAAAAUAUUCUGCUUGUUAUGAUUUUGAGUGUUGUGAAUAAGUAAGUGCGUGAGUAUGUUGGAAGAUGUUCCCAUACAUGGAAGUCGAAGCGAAUUUAAAAGUAAGCCUCCAACGCAUCAGAGAAACCUCAGCUUGGAUAUACGACAUGUGACUAACAAGAGUGGGCCGCCAGCAGGAUGCGGCCAUCAGAGGAACAGAUCUCUGGAUUCUGUUCUCCAAAGGAUCCCAGAGGAUAUGACUCCGACGUCUCCCGAUGGAGCACAGUUAAGGAUUUCCGGAGAUGUACCGGCACCCAGGCUAGCACUUCCACCCGAAGUGCCAACAGGAUCGGAUGAUUCCGGGAUUCACACUCCACCUGAUGGAAAUGACGAAGACAGACCACCGGCCCCCGCAGCAGCAAGAUCCAGGGAAAGCCUAGACUCCGGCAAUCCCGAUGAAACAGAAAAACCACCCGACCCUCCCGAUGUAGAAACAAACGCGAUCUGUGUAUCAGAUUCAGCGAAAUCUAAAGACUUUCUACUGCGUUUAUUUGAAAGUAAACUGUUCGAUAUGAGCAUGGCGAUCUCAUAUCUGUUUAAUUCUAAGGAACCCGGUGUUCAAACCUACCUAGCCAACAAAUUAUUUUCAUUUUCAAACGAAGAUGUAGAUUUUUACCUUCCACAAUUAGCAACAAUGUACAUAGAAAUGGGGGACGUAGCGGACGUUCUGAAGCCGUAUUUGGUUUACCGAUGUAAACAAAGUGCUGAGUUUUCACUGAGGCUGGCAUGGUUGCUGACAGCGUUUUGUGGGGAUGCCAAGAGGUCCAGGGCAACAAAGUUGAGAGAUUCCAUACUGGCCGACGAAAUAAGGCCAGCCGCUAGGAGAGGUCACCAUCGAUCGCAGUCGGACGCGUCGGCUUUAAGGUUGGCGACGCCGUCCGGAAGACACUUAGGGGAUCUAGCGUCGGGACGCGCGUUCGACAGUGGCUGUGUGUGUAGUAGUGCUUGUGGGGAACAGUGCUCAUGUGGCGCCCCGCGACUUGAACCGCAGAAACAGUUUCUCACAGCUCUCACUAACAUCGGCCGUCGUCUGGCUGGAGUGGCUGAUAAAGAAAGGAGGAACGGCCGUCUGAGAGCUGAACUGGCGACGUUGGAUCUCAACCUCCCAGCCAGGGUCUGGUUACCGCUGCACCAGAAACCGCACUAUAUACUACGAAUACCACCCCACGCUGCCGCCGUACUUAACAGCAAGGACAAGGCGCCGUAUAUAAUGUACGUGGAAGUUUUAGAGACAGAUGGUCACGAGCCGCUGCCUCCUCGUCUUCUGCCUCCCGCUCCCCCCGCGCCACACUCACCUCCCAUCAGACACACCAAGAGCGAGGAGAAUCUAGUACCGGAAUGGCCGACACUGUCACUGUACUCGCCACUAGACGACUCAGACGCCGGGGACUGUUGGAGUCAUGACGACGACGAGCUCAGGGCACAGUACGCCGCCAAACAACCCGCCCCCGACAGCCUGUCACAGAUGUCAGCGGUAUCGGCUGUGUCGGUGACGUCAGUGCUGUCUACGUCAUCGUGCGGGUCGCGGGAGUCUGUGGCGGUGGGCGCGGGCGAGGUGCGCCGCCGGCUGGCCGACGCGACCGCAGCGCCGCCACCGAACGCGUUCAAACACGACCCCGCGGACCCCUCGGCAGUCGCUCUCAAGGAGUCGUGGGAGAGCAAGUUAUCUAGAAUGCGUUCUUCGUCCCCGUACGGCGGGCUGUCCGGCUGGCGUCUACUGGGGUGUAUCGUGAAGGUCGGAGACGAUCUGAGACAGGAGAUACUAGCGGCACAGCUCCUCAGGAGACUACAGGCCGUCUGGGACCUCGAACGGGUUCCGCUCAGGCUGAGACCUUACGAGAUACUGUGUCUAGACAAGGAGUCCGGACUUAUACAGCCCGUUUUGAACUCAGUGUCUCUCCAUCAAAUAAAGAAGCAGUCCGGUCGAUCUCUACGAGCUUGGCUCGAGCUGGAACACGGCCCUCCCACCACCGAGGGGUUCUUGAGAGCACAGAACAACUUCGUUGAAUCAGCCGCAGCUUACGCACUCACCAGCUAUUUAUUACAGCUUAAAGACAGACACAAUGGGAACAUUUUAUUGGAUAGCGCCGGACACAUCAUCCACAUCGACUUCGGGUUCAUAUUUUCGAUAUCGCCGAAGAAUCUCGGUUUUGAGAGUUCGCCGUUUAAACUGACGCCGGAGUUCGUGGAAGUGAUGGACGGUGAGAGCUCGGACAUGUUCGCGUACUUCAAGAUACUCAUACUGAGGGGGCUGAUAGCGGCGAGGAAACACUGCGACCAGAUCAUACACCUCGUGGAUAUUAUGAGAAUGGCGGGUCAGCUGCCGUGUCUCCGCAGCAGUACCGCGGUGUCGUCGUUCCGUGCUCGCUUCCACCCCGGCCGCACCGAACAACAGCUGCGCACGUUGGUCGACCGUCUAGUGAGAGACGCGCUGAACUCACUCUCCACGCGCCUCUACGACAACUAUCAAUACUACACCAACGGCAUACUCUAGCCGAUACAUGUCACCGGCCUAAAUAACACACUACCUUACUCUACAGUACGUCCAACUGACGGCUUACAACUAAACUGUACCCUAAGUGCAAGUUUGCAUCGUCAGACCGGAGCGUAGCCAUCCCUCGUACAGGAUAGUAGCAAUCAAUAUACAUAUAUGAAAGGAAAACUGGAAACGCUCCGUAUGUAGUGCGACGACGCACACUUAUGCUCAGUGUACUGUUGACACCAGCUUUCGAGUGAUACAUAUUAGGCGCGUGUUACAGUUCGCUCUGUUGUCGUAUUAAAAACAAGGGAACGUAGGAGACCACCUCGAACGACAACUAAGGCUUUGAAAUUGACUGUGAAGUCCGUCGAGUUGUACUCCGCUGUAUUCGACUGUAUACGUGAACGGCACACCUAACAUUGAUAAAACAAAAAAAAAAGCUUUGAUUACAAUAUUUUCUUUAUAAUUUAAUAUAUUUGUACAAUUUUAUGAAUUAUAUAUUCUUGUAACUGACCCCGUUGUUUUCUGUGACGUGUAUGUAUAUGUAUGUAUACGCUUAUAUAUGAUACAUAUAACAUGUAUCAUAUAAGCGCGUGUGUAGUUCGGAUCUGUGUGUACGUUUAUAUCACAAUGCUUCAAACGUUCUCGGUUCUCAUCCCACGUGUAAAUCGUUUUUCAUUUAAUUUAUAUAUAUAUUUAAACAUCAUAGUUUUUGUAACGUGCCAUACCUCCUCCGUACAAUCAGAUUGUUAUAGAGAUAUCGUCAUUAAAUUUGUAUAACCAUAAACUAAUGUUGUAUGCAAUUUAUUCUUCGUGUAACGCCAUGUCGUCACUCAAAUGGCUCCAAUGUGCAUUAAUUGACGUUAAUUCCUAUCUCAAUGUUGACAAGAAUCACAUUCUGACCCGUCCAUUAUUGUAACUUAAAGCGCUGUAGCACAUUGAUCAAUUGUCAUAGAUAUCGAACUUAGCGAUCGAAUGGCUUUAUGAUUAGUUAAAAUGUUCAAAAGUAUUUUUGAAAUCAUGAACACCAUGACACUACAUGAGCCACGAGGUCGAUUCUAGAUUCCUUUGUAAAUUUCCACAUCAAGUAGUUGAGACUUUGGAAAAAAAUGUAAAUAUUAUAAAGAAAAUGAUAAUUUCGCAAUGAGAAGACUGAUUGUUUCACGGAUGAAAAGAGGUUAGAGUUAGGUUCUUAUUGAUAUAAAUUUAAGUUUUUUUGUACAUAUAUAAAUUGUUUUUAAAUAUGAAAUUAAGAGUGUGAUUCCCCAAAGUUGUUGUUAGACAAAAUCGCCAAAUUGUCGAUAAGAUGAUCAUAUAGAUAGCGAAGUGUAAUGUUAUAUUAAUGAAAAUGAAUUUAUUGUUGACUAGAUAAGGUAUAGCGUAACACCAAACUAACAAGAUUGAUUGAUUGAUUGAUUGACUCGACUGAUUUCGGGUGCGGCGGUGUUCAUACUGUACUUAGGUUCGUAAUAUUAUAAAUCUAAUUAAACUAAGGCAUUAUGUUGAAGAGCCGAGCGAGCGACGGGACCCUAAUUUCAUAUUUAGAUGACAUUAUUGUUUAAGACAAAUUAUUUGUUUUACUAAUAGUCAUUACACAAAAUACUGCAUAGUCUGUUAUUAACAUAAACAUGUCUCUCAUAUUCAAGAAAUAAAAAUAUAUUUGGUUUUAAAUAAAUCUUAAAAACAUUUCGUAGAAAUAAAUAUUAUUAUAAAAUCAUUACCAAGACGAAAUACAAAAAAAAACAUGAAAAAGUUUUAAUGGCAAGAAUAUUUCUAAAAUAUUCAAUAUAAUAAAGUAUACAUUUUGAAUUUUAAAACAUUGUAUCAUUUGAACUAUCUUACUACUUUUUAUUAUUAAAUGGCGUAAGUGGCAUUUGUCAGGUAGAUGUAAUUAAUGCGCUAUCCUUAUAACAUAUGCCAUAAUAUGAAUAAGUAUAGUGCAAUAUUUUAUUAAAAUUAUAUGAAGUAAUGUUAUGUCGAUUUUAAAAAAUAAGCUAUUUCAUUUUGUCUGUAAAAUUUAAUCUUUAAAUUGUAUGGUUAUCGUCUGUUUAAAAAUGAUUGACGUUUAAAGUCCAAAUAAAGUUUCUCAUAAAUUAUAAAUAUCCAUGUUAUUUGUCGACGUGUACAGAUAAAUAAAAGUAGAUUACAUUAAUGUUUACUUUUAUUUUUUUUUUUAAAUAAUAUACAUAUAUUAAAAUUUU